GCAGUAUCACACAGAUCAGGAUAAUGCAAGUGAAAAGGUGAAAAGCAAGAGGAAGUCCCUCAACUGUAGUGUUCCUUGAUAGAACUUCAACCUACAAAACAUCAAGAUAAUUCAGUCUGUUGAGCCGUGUAAAAACAGUCUGUGAACAGGCGGCAAGCGCGACUUCCCUCAUGUUCGCUGCCGCGGCGCAGGCCCGGCCAGGACGGGUCGGGAAGACCCAGACGGCGGCCACGGGAUGGCGGCCCCACGGAGCGCGUAUCCACCAGCGGCCGGGGAUGUUACGGGGGAUGCGGGCGAGCCCCACGCGCGGGCGGGCGCAGCCGCAACGUCGCGAAGCGCUCGGCCGUUGGGGUCACCUUGGGCCCAGCACGCCGCGCCCCCGACCCAAGAGCAGCACACUGCGGGCGGGAGGGAGCUCUGGACAAAGGGCACAGGGCCGCUUAUACGGCACCGCCCCGUGAGGCCGGGCGCUGGCCGGGGCUACACAGAGGCGGCCGUGCCCCCGCCGCGGGCGCGGAGGCCGAGGGCAACCCGACCGCCCCGGCCCUCUGUGAGCCACCGCUGGCACGGGCGAGCGCCGCCCCAAGCUCCUGUAGCCCCUUGUCUGUCCGUCCCCUCCUCCACUCGGGCCCGGCCUCUGGGGCAGCGCCCCCCGCCUUCGGCAGCGGCGGAGUCCAGACCCAUGGACGGCGGCAUCCCGCGCCCCGCGCGCCCCCGGCGGGCGGCGUAG